AUGUUGACAAAACCAUUAAUUACGAUAGCUAAAAAUGGAGUUGGUGCGUUCGUUUUCUCAUGUCGCAAGAUUGAAUUUAAUUAUUGUGAACGUAGUGGAAGUAGUCGUGGAAUGAUCGAAUAUCUUCAAAAUCAUUUAAUCCCUUUCGCAAAAGAGAAUCCACAAUUAGAAGUUGUAGUAACUCCGCGCCCAUCAAAACAUCCUCUCAUAACUGGAACAUACUGUCA